GGGAGCUGUUCAAAUAUCUUACAAUAGAAUAUUUGGUAAUGUAUACUUACAAUUAUGACAUUGAUGUGGGGAAAAGAUACUUUGGCGAAGACAUGCCACGUUUUGAAGAGAUAUUUAAUCAAUAUGUGCAUUUGCUGAUUUUGAACGAGCAUCAGAUAUGGGCAGAAAAUCAUCCAAUCCCGCCAAACAUAUUGUUCGUUGGUGGAAUUCACCAAGCACCUGACACUGCACUUCCUUCAGACCUUCAAGAAUAUCUGGAUUCUUCGAAAAAUGGCGUCAUAUAUAUUAGCUUCGGAACAAAUGUAAGAACAAAAGCCCUAUCAGUAGAAACAGUGAAACUUAUAGCAAAAGUAUUUUCGGGAUUACCUUACAAUGUAUUAUGGAAAUGGGAUGAAGAUGAAUUGCCUGGCAAACCAAGCAAUGUGAAGAUAUCGAAAUGGUUACCUCAGGCGCAAUUGUUAAAACAUCCAAACGUUAAACUGUUUGUAACACAAGGCGGUCUUCAAUCGACGGAUGAAACCAUUAGUGCUGGUGUGCCAGUUAUAGGCAUUCCCAUGUUAGGAGACCAGUGGUAUAACACAGAGAAGUAUGUUCAUCACAAGGUUGGGUUACAACUGGAUAUACAUUCACUAACAGAAGAAACAUUUAAGGAUGCUGUCAAAACGGUUAUAGAGAAUAAGAGGUGA